AGCUGGACGUUCAACUGCUUUAUCAACUUUUUACAUGAAUGAAACACUUCCCAUGUCCUGAUUCUAAACAGAAACGCAUACGUGACAUCUCUGAAAUGAACCGUGACGUGGAGAACAACACCCACGAGGUAACCGUUGUAUCUAGUUCGCUGUAGCUUCACAGAUUGGAGCAGAGUCAAGACUUUACUUGAAAAAGAUCACCAGCGCGUCAACAUACAUACUUUGCAUUUAAUUUACUUUAAAAUAUUUUAUUUGAUCACUAGCAAGUCGAGUUUUGUAAAAUGUUUUACUUCUGGUAAUGUUGGUCUAUGUAUAUUACCUCACUUUCUUAUAAAACGCGGGAUCAUUGACCAUGAACACAACCAGCCCAACCUCCAGCUUCUCAAACCACACAGACCGUUGUGAGCCUCCUUAUGAUGAUGAGAACCCACUGCCUCUCGUGGCUCUCUACAGCAUUGUCCUUACAGUAGGUCUGCCUGCAAACUUGAUCACAGUUGUCCUCACGUUUCAAGAAGUGUGUCGAAAAAACGUUCUUGGAAUCUACCUUUUCAGUCUGUCCCUGUGUGACCUAAUAUACCUUAGCACGCUUCCACUAUGGGCCAUUUACAUCAACUGGGGCCAUAGGUGGUACUGGGGCUCCCUGGCCUGCAAAGUCACCGGGUAUGUCUUCUUUAACAACAUGUAUAUCAGCAUUUUCCUGCUGUGCUGCAUAUCUGUGGAUCGCUUUGUAGCGGUGGUCUAUGCCGUGGAAUCUCGAGGUUUAAGAAAGAUGAAACAUGCUGCCAUUGUCACCUUUGUGAUUGUGUUGGUUGUUGCUCUGGGACAUUCGCCUGUGUUCAUCAUGUCGGAGGGUGAGACUGAAAGCACAGAUGAGAAACGCUGCUUCGAGCCGGCCAUGCCGUCUCCUCUAGUGACCGGAUUCAACUACGCACGCUUUGUGAUCGGUUUCUUUAUUCCACUAUGCAUUUUAAUAGUCGCCAACUUGAAGAUUCUUGCUAAUGUGCGAGCCAGCGCUGGGCUGGAGCAACGACACAAAAUUAAAGUUCGCAAUCUAGCUUUGGCUGUCAUCUCAUCUUUUGUGGUCUGCUUCACACCCUACCAUAUCAUUCUUUUGUCACGUGCGAUCAGUUUUCACUUUUCAGAUGAAAAGUGUUACUUUGAGAGAACUGUCUACACACCUUAUACCAUGUCACUUGGUCUGUCUACUAUUAACAGCGCCAUAAACCCUGUUUUCUAUGUGCUUACCAGCAACAGUGUGCAUAUGAAGAUUUAUCAAAGCCUGCAAGGAUUACGCAGUAGCUUCAGAUCUUCACAAUGAAUUUCUUCCACCAUAUUCUUAAAUGGGGCUUUUUCCUACAACAUUUGAGUAUUUUUAUUCUAUUAUUUACUAUCUUCAUGUCAUUCAAAACCUGUACAUCGCCGCUGUACUUCAGGAUUUCGUAUGUCCUUGUUUUGUGAUCUUUAUUUUUUGCAAUAAAUCAUUAUUAUUAGUCACCUUUUAUGUUUGUCACUGGGUUUUUGAGAAUAUGAAUGGCAUGAUGGUAAAUACUGAACAUGACUGAAGGAUUGUCAUUUUGGGGAAACAGUCCUUUUGAAAUGUGUUCUGCUGUGUUUCUUUA